GGGGGGUUUGUGAAGCCGAGGACGCCGGAAGAGUACGAGGCGCUCAGGUCCAAGGUGUUGGCAGCCCGGGAGCGCUACGAGUCCAAGCACGCGGGCAACUUCACGCGCAUCUUCCCCUCGCCCGACCCCGCCAAGCAGGCGCUGUAUGAGGAGCUGCUCAAGGGCGCAGCGGACAUCUACCAGGCCUCCUUCCAGGCGCGAUCCACCAAGCGCCCUGAGGACGAGAAGAAGCGCAAGGAGGACACCGAGACCGACGCUCAAAAAGCCGAGCGCGCCAAGGCCCGAGCGCACCGCGACAAGCUCGCUCAGAUGGCGGAGGAGCGGCGCCGCGCGAAGAAGCUGCAGCAGCAGCAGCUGCAGGCGGGGCAGUCGCUGCUGCCCGCCUUCCUCUACCCCUCGCAACCCUACCUGGCUACCGCCUUUGGCCAGCAGCCCCAAGCCGCCACGGCCACCUACUACCUGCCGCUACUGCCCCCGGGGCCCUAUCAGUACGACCCGGCUGUCUACCAGCACUACUAUCAACAGGCCUACCUGUACGGCACCGUGGUGGGUGGGCAGCGGAUGUCCGAGGUGUACGGAGAGGGGAGUGAUGGGGCGGGAAGUGCGGCCAGCAGUCGGCCGGUUUCGGCGCUGAGUAGCGGCAGCGGUGCGGCGGGGGAGGCGGCUCCGAUUGCAGCUGCUGCUGCUGCUGCUGCUGCAGCUCCUGGGCAGGUUGGCGGGUCGCUGUCAGCGGGGUUGCGGAUUUCCUCCGGCCCCCGCGCUCGAGCGGCGGCGGCGGGUGGUGGUGGUGGGAGUGGCGGUACGGGGGCUUGCGCCCGGCCUGCCUCCUCCGCUGCUGACAGCGGUCGCAACAGUCCCCUUAGCCAACAGCAGCAGCAGCAGUCGGCGGGGAGCAUGAAUAACGCCUCAACGGCACUUAGUCAGCAGCUGCAACAGCAGCAGCAACAACAACAACUUUUACAACAACUACAACAACAGGGGGCUUUGCCCCCGUACCCCUUUCUUGGAAUGCGCAAACAGCGGCCCUCCUCGGCCGCCUCGCGCGCCGCUGCAGCUCACAGUAACGCCGCUAGCAGCAACCUGUUCAGCCUCGGGCUCGGCGUCUGUGGCAGCGGCGUCGGCGUCGGGGGCUUCGGGAGCUGCAGCGAAGGGUCGGAGUGGCCCUCCGCUGCCGAGGCCGCAGCCGCUCUCGGCAUCACCGGUAGUGCUGGGUUUGGUUCCGGUGCCGGCGCCGGUCGGCCGGGCUCUCCCUCGUCGACCGCCACCGCCUCUUCAGGAGCAGCAGCAACAGCAGCAGCCCCCACCUCCUCCUCCUCCUCCACAUCUGCCUCCGCCUCCGCCGCAUACACAUCCGCCCUGCCCGGCUCCAGCCUCCGGGGGUUUGGCAGCAGCAGCAGCGGCGGCGGCGGCGGCGGCGGGCUCAGCUUCAACAGCAGCAGCGGGGGGCUCGGCAGCAGCAGCAGCGGCCUCAGCGGCGGCGGCUACAACCACCUCGCGGCGCUGCAGCAGCUCCAACACUACCAGCAGCAGGCCGCAGCUGCUGCGGCAGGCCUCCUCGUCGCACCAUCGCAACCCGCCAUGCGACCCGUGUCCGUGGGAAGCGCCCACAACCAUGUACGACACGCCCACAGCUGCGCCCUGGAGGCUACCAGCGCUGCACACCCCGGGAACAGCAGCAGCGGCGGCGGCGGCGGCGGCUCAGCCCUCCGAGAUCUUAACGGGUCGGGGGAGCGCGAUCAGUCGACGGGGGGGCCGGGGGGCGCGGGGGGGUCAGGGUCGGGGCUGGGCGGGGGUGUCGGGUCCUCGAAACGAAGCCUCCUCGUCCACGGCAGCAGACCACCUUCCGCCUCUUCUAUCCCUGCCAGUAUACGGGACAAGCUACAGCCCGGCAGCUCCGGCGGGUCAGCAGCAGCAAUAGGUGGCGGUGGUGGCGGUGCUAGCAGUGCUGCGGCGCGUAAGCAGCAGUCUGGCAGCUCCGCGCUAGGGGGCGGCAACAGCGCAGCCAUGGCGGCCGCCGCAACAUGGGACGCAGCGAUCGCUGCCGCCGCAGCGGCGGCGGGUCAUGACCCGCUUGCCGUACUACACUACAUCAGUUCCAGGCCCCGGCCGCAAAGCGCGGGCGAGGAGCUCCGGCCAGGAACACCUGGUGCCGCCUCCCAACAACAACAACAACAACAGCAGCAGCAGCAGCGGAGCCCCUCGCCGCUGGGGCCGCUCCCAGCGGCUCCCUUGAGUAUCGGACUGGCCCCUGCCGCUGCCGUGAACAUCCCCGGGGUCGGAAACAGCGGCAGCAGCAGCAGCCGGGCUGCCAGCGGCCGUUACGGCGGCACUGACGUGUACCUGCUGGGCCUCACGCACACGCUCCUGCAGCUCUCGCAGCCUCCCUUGGCGGCAGUGACUGGGAGCGCCAUGCCGGUGGGAAGCCCCAAGCUGGCCCGGACGCUGAGCAGUAGCUACGCGCCCGCGUCGCCACGCUCCGCCGCCGCCGCGGCGGCGGCAGCGGGUGUGCUGGGCAGCGGUGGCGGCGGCAGUGGCGGCGGCAGCGGUCUUUGGGACAGCAGCAGCAGCACCGCUGCGAGUAUAACGGGCGGCCGGGCGUUCAAGAACUCGAGGGCUGGCGGCGUGCCCUCGCAUCCUGCGCUUAUGGUGCGUACGACGACGCCCAUUCUCAUGCCGCCGCCAGCGAACCCCACCUCCGUGUCGUCGCCGUUGUUCCAGAUCCAGAGCACAUCGCAGCAUCACAUGCAUGCCGUACAUCGGCGCAGCGACGGCGAGGCAGGCGAGGAAGACGCCGUCGCGCUUAUCUACCAGCCCCUCUCAGUGCCCGACGCCACCGCUGCGGCGCAACACGCGACGGAGCGCUACAGCAGCACAAGCGGGGUACGACACUGGUCAGCGGCGCCGGCGUCGUCGUCGGGACAGGCCGCCGCCUCCCGGCAACGUUCCUUCACGAGCGGCGCCGCGGGGUACGUGGCACCCGUGGUGGCCGCGCCGCCGCCUGCGGGAGGCACAUCCGCUGGCGGCGCCGCCAGCGGCGGCGGCGCAGCUGGGUCUGCCGCCAGCGGCGGCGGCGGAACCCCCACCACGAGACCGCCUGUGUACCCUCCGCCUGGCGGCGGCCCGGGGCUGAGACCCGCCGGUGCACCCACAUCGGGACGCGCGGGAGGCUCCGGCGGCGGCGGUUGCGGUGCCGGCGUCGUGGGUAAAGCCGCUGGCGGCGGCAGUACGGCAGCGGGGCGGCAGAACUCCGCCAUGGCGCCGGGGACGACGGCGACGACUCAUGCGGUGCAUGCUGGUGGGGGUGGGAUACUGACGAGGGGGAUUGGCGGUGGCGCUGGGGGUGCGGGCGCUGGGAAUGGGUCGGUUGUGGGGGUAGGAGCGCUGCAGGGGGGCAUAGAGGGGCUGCAGAUCACGGCGACGGGGCUGGAUCUAGAUGCACAAAUGCGCAGCGCUGCACUCGCGGCGCUAAACCGCAGAGGGCUGACUGUGAAGGGGCGGAAGGUGGCGCAGCAAUAGGGCAGCCGUACGUGCGAGUGUGUGGGGGCUGGUGGUGAUUUGGCCUUUGUAAUGCGCGGGAAAUCAUCAUGUUGCGAGUAUCGUGUACGUGUCGAGUGUACGUGUUGACUUACCGGUACAUGCAUGGGUCAUUUUGGGGGGUGAAAUUACAGUGAACCCCUUCGUAACGCGAUGUGAUGCGGGCGGGGUUUGCGUGCGUCCGACAAAGUACGGCAGGUUCAGAUGACUGGCUGCGUUCUUCAUCACUGAAGACCAACUACCAGGGCUAUACGGCCUAUACCUUGAAGCCGUCUGCUGUUUGUGUUUUGGUAAUUACCAAAUUACCGUGUAUUUUGGUAAUGAGGGUAGCGACAAAGGGCAGCGGGGGAAGCACGCAUCGCGGCUUAGUUCUGUGGGAUUUGGUGUCCAACGUUUGAUGCAGCCUUUGCUACGCAUGGGGCCGCGGCCUUUCAAUGCAUUGCGAGGCAGAAUUCGUUUGCUUUACAGCUUAUCACAGGCUGGUACGGUAGUUAGGGUGGAUAGGCUUUCCCUGCCCAACAGCCAUCAGCAGACCAUUACCCAGGACAGCGUGUCAGUGCAUGUACGGUUGGGAGGCAGUGCUUGUAGGCCCCAGGAUGCAUGCCGCAUGUGGCCGCAUGAGGCCGCACAGCGAUUUGCGGUGUGGUGUGGUUGCUGUCAUCGAACACCAGCUUGCUCGGUUGCUACCGGUUUCCUCAAGGAUGGGAGUGAAAGUGGCAUGUGGUCUUUUGCCCUACCAGGUUGCCCGGACAUAAUACCGUAACUGUAAAUGUUACAUGGUUCCUAAACCCCAAAUCAAUGAGCCUGCUGACGUCGUGUGUGGGGGGGGAUUGCGUUCUUUUGUGGCAUCUGUUGCACCAGCACUUCGUAGAUGCAUAGGACAUCCGUGUUAGCCCAAGUGUGCGGUCUUGGUUCAUCACCCGUGUUCCAUUCUUGGGGACCCCGGUAACUGUUAUCCAUGCAUACGUGGAAACGAAAGCCUCCGAGUUGACGACUGCGUUACUCUGUUCCAAGCCAAGCAUGGAAUCCAUUGGAAUGCACCAUCUGCC